UCCGUUUGCCCUCUUGAUUUUCGCCUACAGUAGCACUUCGCGCGUUAUUUUUCUCUUGGUUUAUUUGCGAAAGCCUCCAUCCUGCUGUCUGACACCUCGAGGGCGGCUCUUAUCUGGAGGUACUUUGGCACAUAUCUCUCUUUAAACAAACACGAGCGGAUUCAUCCAGAGCGGGUAAUGGACUGACACUAAUGGAUUUGAAUGAGCACAUACGUGUGUGUGGGCUGCCGAGACGGGCCGGCCCACCUGGACCAACUAUAUAAGAUCCAGGAGUUUGAGAAGAGGCCACGAAACCAACAGCAGAAGAGCCAGGAGAAGAUCUGUGCUUGAGCAGCAAACGCACUCAUCUCAUCCAUCCAUCCAUCCAUCCAUCCAUCCAUCCAUCGGGCGUGUGUUCGAACUCUAAAGAAGCUGUCAAAAUGAAAGGCAUCCAAUAUCUCGCUGGUCUUCUUCUGCUCCUCUUCGUUCAAAACUGCAUGUGCGUCCCACUGCAAGAUGACAACACAAGCACAGAGACAGCAGAAAGUCUUCUGCCGAGAGGUCAGGGCUUCACCACCGUCAAGAGGCAUUCUGAGGGGACCUUCUCCAACGACUACAGCAAAUACCUGGAGACCAGGAGGGCACAAGACUUCGUUCAGUGGCUCAUGAACUCAAAGAGUAAUGGUGGUCCAUCCAAACGUCACGCUGAGGGAACCUACACCAGCGACAUCAGCUCUUACCUGCAAGACCAAGCGGCCCAGAACUUUGUGGCCUGGCUGAAAUCUGGACAGCCCAAGCAAGAUGUUGGGGCCAACAGAGGUGCAAAUUUGGGCCGCAGGCGGCAUGUAGACGGCAGUUUCACCAGUGAUGUCAACAAGGUCUUGGACAGCAUUGCUGCCAAGGAGUAUUUACAAUGGGUGAUGAACUCUAAGGCAUCAGGGUCAAGUGGCAAACGUGGCGGGAAUCAAUGAAGAACCGGUGGGCUUCCCUGCGAGAGCUUAAUUUUGGAUCCUGAAGGGGAUUCGAUCAUCAAAAUGAAUGAGAGCCAUAUCUUCUAAAGGCAGAACGGAUACAACUCUUGAAAUCAAAAGCCAUGUUAAUGUUUUAUUUUAUUUUUUAACUUUGAGCACUGUGGUUAUUAUUUAUUUUCCCUAGUGUUAAAGAACAUCAUGUAAGUUAUAACAAACAAAAUGAAAUAUUUUUCUAUAGUUUUGAACUAUUUUCUAUGUGUGCGAUAAAAACAAACUCAGGUGAAUGCACUAAACACUCAGGUAAACGUGUGCCACCACUGUAUCAAAGUGCCAUGGAAAAUGGUGUCUUGAUCUGCAAAAUAAACAUUUUCAUAUUCCA